GAUACCCCAGGUACUAAUUUCCUUUACCAGGUUGGCCUCUGCCCUCCAACUUCCAUCGAGGUUACCUAGCGGCGGAACGUUUAACGCGGACUAGCAUUCCCACACGGACACAUUUGUAACGGAGCGACGUGCCAGGCGAAAUGGAAGUGAAAAAUGCUAAUGCUGCAAUGCUCAGCAACUAUGAGGUGUUCAAACUCCUCACAGACCUGAAGGAGCAGAGAAAGGACAGCGGGAAGCACAAACACAGCGCUGGGCAGCAGAACCUCAACACCAUCAUGUAUGAGACGCUGAAGUACCUAUCGAAGACGCCCUGCAGCAGACAGAGCCCUGAGAUUGUCAAGGAGUUUCUCACCACCAUGGUGCCGCACAAACUCACAAAGGCAGAAAAACUACAGCUACUGAACCACCGGCCUCUGACUGCAGUGGAAAUCCAGCUUCUGGUAGAAGAGAGUGAAGAGCGACUAUCAGAGGAGCAGAUUGAGGAGCUUAUCCAGACAGUCACAGAUGUCCUACCGGGAGACCCAGAGCAAGAAAACGCAGCUCCAGCAGACACAGAGAUGGAUGAUGGCGGCGAACAGUCAUGACACCAUGACGGGCCAGAACUGGAGAUAACUGCAGAACUGGAUGGACUGUGAUUAUUUGCACGACUAAUUGAACUGUGCAUGAUGGGACAAAUGCUGCCUGACAGCUUGAUAAUUCACAUCAAGUUGACCUGUUACAUAAGCAGAAGAAGAUAUACUGAUUGUUUCUCUAUGUGCAUUCAUACUACAUAGCUGCAUUAAAUCAAACAGGGUAGUGUGUCACAAUAGGAAUUAUUGGACUCUGAUUUCCAAAGCUGCAAUGUUAGACAGUUGUGCGAUUAAACUUAAGCUUGUGCAGCAUAAAUGUAAGAUCAAACCGUAUGAUUAGAUUGGCCUGUGUAAUAACAAAGAACAAUAUAAGCCAGGAGGUUGUCACUCAACUCUUAUUCAGUUUGCGAAGCAAUGAUUUUUAAAACAUGCUGACACUUUUUUCCCCUUUGCAUUACAAAGAGAUGUAACAGCUGAAAUAUGCAGCGGUUGUUUGUAAUUUUGGAUCACACAGAAAACUUGCAGCCACUAUGUCUGCUUUCAGGUAUGGCUGCAGGGCUGUAGUUGUCAGUACUGCAGGACAUGUUUCACAGAGAUGUGUUUCUGUAACCGUGCAGAGGUCACACGGGAUAUAAACUACAGGUUUGCAGCACAAACUCUUUAACCACAGGCCCUGGAUCAACUCCAGUUUUUUUUUUUCAACUUUCUGUUGUAGUAGAGGAAGGAUGUGCUGGUUAGAGUCAUGUACAUUUCUGCUUUUGGGCUUCCUGUUGACAUAUCACAUCAGUUUCCUGUGCUUGCCAAGUACCUUGCCGAGGCGGGACGCCUAAGUGAAGUGAACACUGAUUUUUUGGACAGCACAUCUGAGCGCGCCAAGCCCCCCCAACCCAGCCAAAUCGGUCAUGCUUGUAAAUGUAAACAGGAGGAACACUUUAUUAAUUUCUAUAUGACAAUCACAGUUAUCGCUGUUACUUUCAUUCUUACGAUAACGAACUACCAAAUCCGACAGUUUUACUGUACUAUAUUAAUUUUGUUCUGCAGUCAAGACUGGUAAGAACACAGUAAAAGUGGAAGUAGGCAACAUAUCUUUGGCAUCAUUGGGGGAAAAGAUUGACAUAUUAUUGUAAUUAAAGUUUUCCAUUAGAGGACUACGCUUGUGUGAGGGAAUUUUUUUUUUCAGAUUUAAAUAGGGGAGAAGUAAAAAGGGGAAAAAGUCUACAUAUGAAAUAGGAUGUGGUGUUAAAAUGAGUCACAGUGCAUUUACAAAAACAGGGAUGUGCUUUAGACUCAGUAUUUACUUGGCAAUGUGAUUUUAAUUCUUCACAGCAUCCCUCUGAGAUGCCAUGUCCACAUUGACAUGACAGCAUCACACAGUUGCUGCAGAUUUUUCAGAUGCACAUCCAUGAUGAGACUCUGCUCCACCACACCCCAAAGGUGCUCUACUGGAUUGAGAUCUGGUGAGUCUGGAGGCCAAUUGAGUGCAGUGAUCUCAGUGUUGUGUUCAUGAAACCAAGUGUAGUUCCAAUUUCCUGUUGCUUAGUUUUAAUGAGCCUCAGUUUCCUGUUCUAAGAUGACAGUGAGUGGCACCCAGUGUGGUCUUCUGCUACUGUAGGCCAACUGCUUCAAGAUUUGGUUGCGCUUUCAGAGAUGCUCUUCUGCAAACCUUUGUUCUUAUGUGUCCUCAAAGCAGUCAGGCCAUUCUCUUCAGACAUUAACGAGGCAUUUUUGCACAGAGAACUGCUGCUCGCUGGAUAUUUACUCUUUUUCGGACCAUUCUCUGUAAACCCUAAAGAUGCUUGUGUGGGAAAAUCCUAGCAGGUCAUUAGACCAGCACCAACAAUAAUCACCAUAAUUGCUGUAAUGAAAUGGUUCUUUCCUUUUGAGGCUCCCUUUGAACUCUAGCAGGUUAUCUUGACUAUAUCUACAUGCCUAAAUUGUUUGACUUGAUGCCCACUUACUGGCUUUCUAAUGAAGUGGCCAGAGAGUG